AUGUCGGCAGACUUCUGGGCUAGCUAUAUCUCUGGAGCGUUGGGGAUAUUGGUGGGUAAUCGCCUCGAUGUCCUGAAGGUCGCCGCUCAAGCAGGCACUAGCGGUGGUGUUGCAAGACCGACUCUACAGUCCGAGUCUGACCGACGUCUUCGGAGGGUUACAGCAUUGUUCAGAGGAGCUGCUGCUCCCGUCUUGGGCUAUGGUGCAUUGAACUCUAUCUUGUUCAUGACGUUCAAUCGCUCAUUGAAGCUGAUGGACCCAAGCAUAUUCGACUACACAAAGCUCGCUGGCGUGGACUUGAGCAAGAUUUGGGUGGCAGGCGCAAUUGGAGGGCUCGCUACCUUUGUCGUCUCCGCGCCAUCAGAGCUCAUCAAAUGCAGGGCCCAGCUGAUCGUCGAUGGACAAGGAUCUUCAUAUGGGGUGUUCAAGGAAAUAUGGAAGUACGGUGGGCUUCGAGGACUCUACUACGGAGGCACAAUUACUGCUGUCCGGGAUGCCCUCGGAUACGGCUGGUAUUUUUGGUCGUACGAGCUAACCAAGAGACUGCUACUUUCGCGACAAGCCGAUCCAUUCACUUCUCCUACUACCACAGAAGUUCUAAUCAGUGGCGGCAUUGCCGGAGUCGUCACCUGGGUAUCCAUCUAUCCUCUGGAUAUUAUCAAGACCCGUCUCCAGACGCAGCCUUCUCCAACCGCAGAAGGCCAAAGGCUUCUUCCUGGGGCCAAUGUGGCCGCUCACCAAGCAAAGACUUCUCUGGCCAUCGCUCGGGAAAUUUGGCGAAGCUCAGGGGUGGGCGGCUUCUAUCGUGGUGUUGGCAUCUGUAGCCUGAGGGCAUUCGUCGUGAAUGCUGUCCAGGUAGGCUGCCGGUGUGGUUUCAUCGUCGUUACCUACUAA